UAGACCAGUCACACAUCACAAACACAGACCAGACCAACAUCAUAAACACAGGGCUUGAAUAGACCAGUGACUUGGGACGAAAGGUCCUGCAGUAGGCUACCCAAAAGAGGAAUCAUUUCUGGUCACUUAUCGCCGUUCCAAGGCAUGUUUUCAGUUAGCAGAGGCUCGUGUAUGUUAAGCCAGUCGACCUCGUAUCACCAGGGACCGGACGGAGCUGGACCGGGUUACAGGGUCACUAACGGCCACCGCAUGGCCACCAGAGAGGCGUGCAGAGGUAAAGUUCCAGGGCGGGACUUCCUGUGCCCCCCGGUGCUGGAGGAGCUGCUGCAGCGGUGCUGGACAGGGCUGCAACACGGACUUCCUGCCAGAGAGGAGCUCAACCAGACGCUCGAGUUCCAGAGCGACGAACUCCGCUGGACCGCGCAGAAAAGGGGCCUGUGGUCUCUUGAGUACAGACGGGAGCUGACCAGUCCUCUGUGUGUCGCCGCGGCAACGGGCUACAGUGACUGUCUGCGGUUCUUGCUGGAGCACGGCGCUCGGCCGAACCUGCUGACCGGCGGUCGCACGGCGCUGCACGAGGCGUGUGUGAACAACGCCACCGAAUGUGCCACGCUGCUGCUGGAGCAUGCCGCUGACCCCAACCAGCUCACCGAGGAGGGCCUGGCCCCGCUACACCUGUGCACACACGCCGAGUCACUACGCUGUGCUAAGCUGCUGGUGCGCCACGGCGCCAAGGUCAAUGUGCUGAGCGAGGACGAGGAGACUCCGCUGCACGUGGCGGCCCGACGCGGCCUGCCCCAGCACGUCCAGCUGUACCUGCGCUACGGCGGCCAGGUGCGCCAGCGGAGCGCCCGCGGGGAGACGGCCCUCGGUGCGGCCUGUGGCGCGGAGCGCUUCCACAGCGGGGACGAGGAGGAGGACAGGUACGUCCAGGUGUGCAGCCUCCUGCUGGACUACGGCGCUGAUGUUAACCAGGUGGACGAGGAUCGCCGUGGCCCGCUGCACAAGGCCGCUCGCAACGCACAGCACCGGCUGGUGGAGCUGCUCCUGGAGCGAGGCGCGCAGGUCAACGCGCUGGACUACAACGGCUGCUCUCCACUGAGCAACGCGCUGCAGAACGCCAUGGUCAGGCAGCGGUGCCGGCCGCACACCGUCGUCCAGAUGCUCCUCAACCACGGAUCCAUCAAUGUGUGGCCUGGGGCUCUGCUCAAGGUGCUGGUGUGUUGUGCAUUAGCCCCUAAAACGGUGGAGAUCGUGUUCAACUCCUACGAUAUGAUGCCCGUUACAUACAAAUGGCUUGCGGCCAUCCCAGAGGAGGCACAUCAGAUGCACCCGACCUUUUACGGGUCCCUGUUUGCUCUGGAGAACACGGCACGCAGCCUCCAGCACUACUGCCGCUCGGUGCUGCGGAGGCAUUGUGAGGGGCACUGCCACAGGAUCUUUCCUCAGCUCCCCAUUCCAAAGACCCUGAAGAACUAUCUGCUGCUGGAACCACAGGGCUUUGUAUAUUAGGCCGAGCAGUAGGAAGCUGGUGGGAAACUGGUGGGAAGCUGGUAGGGAGCUGGUGGGAAGCUGGUGGGAAGCUGGUAGGAAGCUGGUAGGGAACUGGUAGGAAGCUGGUGGGAAGCUGGUAGGGAACUGGUAGGAAGCUGGUAGGAAGCUGGUAGGAAGCUGGUAGGGAACUGGUAGGAAGCUGGUAGGAAGCUGGUAGGAAACUGGUAGGGAACUAGUAGAGAACUGGUAGGAAGCUGGUAGGAAGCUGGUAGGGAACUGGUGGGAAGCUGGUGGGAAGCUGGUAGGAAGCUGGUAGGGAACUGGUAGGAAGCUGGUGGGAAACUGGUAGGGAACUAGUAGAGAACUGGUAGGAAGCUGGUAGGGAACUGGUGGGAAGCUGGUAGGAAGCUGGUAGGGAACUGGUAGGAAGCUGGUGGGAAACUGGUAGGGAACUGGUAGGAAACUGGUAGGAAGCUGGUAGGGAACUGGUAAGAAACUGGUAGGAAGCUGGUAGGAAACUGGUAGGAAGCUGGUAGGAAACUGGUAGGAAGCUGGUAGGAAACUAGUAGAGAACUGGUAGGGAACUGGUAGGAAGCUGGUAGGAAACUAGUAGGAAACUGGUAGGAAACUGGUAGGAAGCUGGUAGGGAACUGGUAGGAAACUGGUAGGAAGCUGGUAGGAAGCUGGUAGGAAACUGGUAGGAAGCUGGUAGGAAACUAGUAGAGAACUGGUAGGGAACUGGUAGGAAACUAGUAGGAAACUGAUAGGAAACUGGUAGGAAGCUGGUAGGAAACUGGUAGGAAGCUGGUAGGAAACUAGUAGAGAACUGGUAGGGAACUGGUAGGAAGCUGGUAGGAAACUGGUAGGAAGCUGGUGGGAAACUGGUAGGGAACUGGUAGGAAACUGGUAGGAAACUGGUAGGAAGCUGGUGGGAAACUGGUGGGAAACUAGUAGAGAACUGGUAGGAAACUGGAAGGAAACUGGUAGGAAACUGGAAGGAAACUGGUGGGAAACUGGUAGGAAACUGGUAGGAAGCUGGAAGGAAACUGGUAGGAAACUGGUAGGAAACUGGUAGGAAACUAGUAGAGAACUGGUAGGGAACUGGUAGGAAGCUGGUAGGAAGCUGGUAGGAGCCUGUUGGAAAGGGCUCACUAGUUGCUCAGGUGGCUGGUACAGUGAACUAAAGUUAAAGGCAGGCGGGCCCACUAGGUUAAAGGCAGUGUCAGAAUUUCUUGUGGAAGUUUUUGUGGAAUUCAAAAGCCAAACAAACACACUCCCUCUCUCCCUUUCUGAUUAGUCCCAGAGACCCACCCCUCUCCACACCCACACGUCACAUGUUCCUGUCAUGUCACAUGUUCCUGUCAUGUCACGUCACAUGUUCCUGUCAUGUCGGGCCUCAGGCUGUUUCCUCAUCUGCUGUUGGCCCUUUUGCCACUGCUAUAGAUCCCUGGGUACUAACAGGAAGACACACACUCUUUUCCACACACUCUAUUCCACACACUAUUCUCCACACUCUUUUCCACACACUAUUUCACACACUAUUCCACACACUCUUUUCCACACACUCUUUUCCACACACUGCUCACUCUACCUUUGCUCACUCUACCUUUGACUUGGAUGUUGGAUAUCACUUUGUAUGUGAACUGCAGUAGUGUAUUAGUGUGAUAUUAUACAUCUCUAUUUCUGUAUUAGUGUGAUAUUAUGCAUCUCUAUUUCUGUAUGUGAGUGUGAUAUUAUGCUUCUCUAUUUCUGUAUUAAUGUGAUAUUAUACAUCUCUAUUUCUGUAUGUGUGAUAUUCCAUAUUGCUGCUUAGUGGUUGUGCUCCAGGUACACAAGUGAAGAAUGACCCCUGCUGGUGACCAGCUAGAGACCAGCUAAUGCUAGUAGCUGGUUUUAGCUGGUCUUCUUCCAGCUCUUGCUGGUCUUUGCUGGUGUAGUUGGUUAGGCCACCAGCUGGAUAU